ACAGAGUCCGCCAUAUUUGUCACAUGUACUCUCACAUGACUAUUUGUUUGUUCCCGUGACUCCAACCAUUAAACUUGUCUAUUUGAAAAAUCAACAAAAAACAUAAAGAUGGAUAUGCUGGAAAAUAGUCUGGAAACGCAGUUAGUAGCUAUGUUUGAAAUCCAUAAACAGAUAAUUCUGAUACCCUUCCCCGGCCUACUUUUUUAACUUUCGGCCAUUUUGGUUUUGGCGCGCUAUCGUCACAUGACUAGAUCACGUUGUCGAGUUGCGCUGCUCUUUACGUUCUAUUAAAGAAAUAUUCUUUUCUCGUCAAUAAACUAUAUUUAAUUAAUAAAAAUAAUGAAAAAAUCCUCCUCUAGAGACACGAAAUCUGCAACGUCGGAAUUGGCGAAUAAUACGCAAGAUUUAGAAUCUAAUGAUGAUAGCAACGCUAAUAAUCAGGUAACAUAUCGGGUUAUCCAAUUUAAUAAUGGUUCGGAAGUGGAGAACCAGUCGCAAAUAUUAGGUCAAACGGGAAUUACGCAUGUUCUUCCAGCUGGAAGUUUUGCUAAUGGUUCAUCAAAUUCCCCAUCAAAUGAAGAUGCUUCUAAUUCAGCCAGAUUUACUUACGUUUCCGGAAGUGGUACAGAUGCGCAAACAAUAGAAAGUCUAGGCCAAUUACAGACUGCUCAGGGUCCUUAUGUUGUUAUGAUGAGUCAUCCAGAUGUUAUACAGGCUUCUAGAAGUAUAGCGCCCAGAUCCGGAAACCGAUCGUCGGGUGGCGAUAUAAAAACUUCCAGGGACGAAAGAAGACGAGCUACCCAUAAUGCUGUCGAAAGAAGGAGAAGAGAUAAGAUCAAUAAUUGGAUCGUUCAACUUUCGAAACUCAUUCCUGAUUGUGCUGUUGACGGAAUGAAAGGCGGUCAAAUGUCAGCUCAGAGUAAAGGAGGAAUUCUGGCCAAGGCUUGUGAUUACAUCAAUGAACUACGUACUAAAAAUGAAAGAUUGGUUGAAUCUCUACACGAAGUGGAAAGGUUCAACACGAAUCGAGACGCAUUAAGGGACCAAUUCGAGGAAUUAAAAACAGAAAAUGCUAUGCUCAGACAGAGUUUAUCGGAAGCUGGUAUUGCUGUACCAGAAUCUCACUUCUAA